UCCUGCUCUGCAAACAGCCUGAGUCAUUUUCAGACAAGGAAACACCCCCUUGCUGCUGCAGGCGGGGCAGAGUGUGAAUUCAGGAAAUUGAAACUAACCCUGAUCCACUGCCCAGAGGGAGCCAUGGCUGCAGAGAACCCCGUGGAAAGGCUCCAGGAGGAAGCGACAUGUCCCGUCUGUCUGGAGUAUUUCACAGAACCUGUCACUCUGGAGUGUGGGCACAAUCUCUGCCGAGCCUGCAUCAGCCAGUGCUGGGAGGGAUCCGAUACAGCCGCCUCCUGCCCUCAGUGCAGAGAAACUAUGCAACAGGGAAACCUCAGGCCCAACAGGCAGCUGGCAAAUGUCGUAGAAAUCGCCAAGCGGUUGAGUUUACAAGCAGCAAAGGGAGCAGAAGGGGAUGGGGUGUGUGGGGAACACCAGGAGGCUCUGAAACUGUUCUGUGAGGAAGAUCAAACCCCCAUCUGUGUGAUCUGCAGAGAGUCCCGGGCUCACCGCGCUCACAUGGUGGUCCCCAUCCAGGAGGCUGCCCAGGAGUACAAGGAAAGAAUCCAGGCCCAUUUGAAAACUCUGAGGGAAGAGAGAGAAAGCUGCUGGGAUUGA